ACCGCCGUUGUUCGCGCGACAUCGCGAUUUUACCCGGAAAAAACGAAUGAGUCCACUCUCGAUCGUUUCCACAAACAAUUGGCGACAAAAGCACCAAUAUCAGUGAGGAUUGAUUGUUUUUUUUUUCCCCCCUCUCUUCGAAGAAAAUAUGAUUUGCGUUCGAUUUUUGUGCGAGAUUCGAUUUGACGUGUCGAGAAGCGCGGAAAUAAUCUUAAAGUUCCUGUGCGCUGCUUGAUAAAGAUUUGCGAGUGCGAAAUGAUUGUCAAGGGACGAAGAAACGAACUUCCUUAUCCGGGAUAAUCGGAUACAAUUCGACUUGCACUUGUUCAGCGACAGAAAAAGCGGUCUACUAAACUGAUAAAACAUACGCAGAAUGGAAUUAUGGAGCCGAUAUGUCGUGUCGAUCGACAACGACACCGGUCUGACGAACCUGAACGAGUCCGAGUACAUAAGGGAUUUUUGGGGCCCAAAAUACCUGCCGUUGCAACUCGUGUUGCCGGUCAGCCUCGUCUACAGCGUGAUUUUCGUCACCGGUAUAUUCGGCAAUGUAAUCACCUGCAUCGUCAUCACGCGAAACUCCAUCAUGCAGACCGCCACUAAUUAUUACCUGCUCAACUUAGCGAUAUCCGACCUGCUUCUUUUGAUUCUCGGAUUACCCAAUGAAUUGAGUGUGUUCUGGCAGCAAUAUCCAUGGACGUUCGGAAUGGGCUUGUGCAAAUUACGAGCGUAUAUUUCAGAAACGUCGUCUUACGUGUCGGUGCUAACGAUACUGGUGUUCUCGUUGGAGAGGUACCUAGCGAUAUGCCAUCCCCUGCAUUUGUAUGCGAUGAGCGGACUGAAACGACCUGUACGAUUCAUCGUGGGCUGUUGGGUGCUAGCUCUCAUCUUUGCCCUACCCUACGGCGUUUACACAACCGUCAAUUACAUCGAGUUUCCGCCAAAAUCCGGCCAAUACUCCGAGGAGUCGGCAAUAUGCGCCAUGUUACUGGGUAAUAUGCCCAAGUUCCCGCUUAUCGAGCUGAGCUGUCUAAUGUUCUUCCUCGUGCCGAUGCUGUGCAUAGCCGUGCUUUACGUGAAAAUGGGCCUGCGAAUACAAAGCAACGGUCUGGACUGCAGCAUCGAGGGCUCCGUUCACGGGGAAACGAGGCAGACUCAGUCACGAAAAGCCAUUAUCCGAAUGCUCGGUGCGGUCGUGAUAACAUUCUUUAUCUGCUGGGCGCCCUUUCACGCUCAGCGCUUAUUGUACGUGUAUCAGGUGUCGGCCUUCAGCGAUAUUAACGACUGGCUGUAUCCGCUGGGCGGCUGUCUGUACUACUUCAGCACCACCGUGAACCCGAUCCUGUACAACGUGAUGAGCGCCAAGUACAGAACGGCGUUCAAGAAAACGCUGUCUUGCACCUCGUCGAGUCCCACCAUCACGCGGGACGACCUCAGCAGUAUGAGGGAUAGCACGGUUUGCGGUUACGGAUCCCGACGGGAGUCCCAGGUGGUUCGCGUAAGAAGCGUGCAUUAUCAAAGGAGCAUUAGAUGCAACGUGUCGCACGCGAACGAGGUGCUUCGCUCGCCGGUGAAAUUGCGUCACGACGACGAGGACGACGAGGCGAGCCGCUGCGACACGCCGAGGCCCUGCUACGUCCUUACCUCGGACAUCCUGCGAUCCUCGUUUGUCGUGCACUCGAGCAGCGACAAGACCAACUGCCGGUCGAACGAGAAGACGAGGGAUGACGCUAAAUCGACCGCGAUGAACGAGACGCGUAUCUGAUCCUCGACUUAUCCUGACGGAAAGAGAGAGGAAUAUCACGGGCCAGGGAUUACGAGCGUUGCUCACCCCGAAGAACUCGAUAAGACGCUGUCGCGUCGCUCUUGCAUACACCGUGAGGCUGACACGGCCGGAUUAGCAGAUGAUAUGCGUCAUUCCGCGCUGACGGACGAUCACCCGAAGUGUCGCAAUACCCUUCCCCAAGCAUGUAUCCGCCGUCAGAAUGACAAGCUGAGUUUCGUGGAAAGUCGCGUUUGAGUGACACUCGCGGAAAUUCAACGAAAUUUGAAGUGUCUAUAUAAAAAAAAAAAAAA